GAAGGCCCACUUCCGGGAGGUUCUUCCGUUCCUCUAGCGACGCUGGUACUGCGCGGCUUCCUUCUGGGGAGAUGGGGAAAGUCAGGGCUCUGCGGGCCCGCGUGCACCGGGCGGCCGUGCGGCCCGACGGCGAGGCGGCUCCCCGCGCCCCGGAGCCCGCCGCCCCGCAGGCCUGGGCUGGCGGAACGGGAAAGGAUUGGACUUCUCUUCACACUGACAUAUUUGCCAGGACACAGAUAGACCCCAGUGCCUUGGUGCAGAGUCUAGAGCUGGACCAGAGGAGUGUUGUGUCCCUAAAGAAAGGUGCAGAGCCAAAGACCAUUUUGCCUAAGAAGGAGAAAUUGAGACUUAGACGUGAGCGAUGGCUGCAGAAAAUUGAAGCCAUAAAGCUGGCUGAGCAGAAGCUCAGGGAGGAACGAAGGCGAAGGGCCACGGUGGUGGUGGGAGACCUGCACCCUCUGAGGGAUGCUCUGCCUGAGCUGCAGGAGCUGGAGACCGGCCGUCCUCGGAAAACCAGAGGCAGGGUGACCAACAAGCCUAGGCCAGUAGAGCUCAGCCAGAUGAGUACAGCCCAGAGGCAGCAGCUCCUUGAGGAAGAAAGGACUCGGUUUCAGGAGCUGCUGGCCAACCCAGCCUACAGAGCCAGCCCCCUGCUGGCCAUCGGGCAACAGCUGGCCCACCAGAUGCAACUGGAAGGUGGUGACCAGCUCUGACCAGGACAUUGUGUGCCAUGAGCUCUGGGGGACUAAGCACCAGGGGACGCACCUGUGGGGAGAGGUGCCAGCAGCCUUGAACCCUGUCUUGAGUCUUGUGGCCCCCUCCCCAGUCUUGAGGCUUUCGGGAUGGGGGAAGAGGACAGCCACUGAAGAGGCUUUAUAGAUGUGGCAUCUGUGGCCUGGAACCGUUCUGAGGCUUCACACCCCAUUUAGAGCCACUCCUGUGUUUCUAAGGCUGAGUUAGCCCUGGGACAGCUGUUCUUGUUCCCUUCAGGACAAGCUUGUGUCUCCCAAGUGGGGGCCCUGGCUGGGCAGAGCUGGCGUGGUUUUCUGUUAUGGGAUCUGUAGGAGCUGCGCUAGCAUGAAACGGGGGCGGGGCGGGGGCUUUCUAGGAGCUCCACCCCUGAGACGUCAUUGUCACUUCUCAGCUCUGCUUGGGAUCCUACAUAGCCAAGUUCUUCCUCAGGCCACCACAAUCACUGCUGCUUCAGCAACCCUACAUGGACUGACCAUAACUGGGGGCCCACUGUGCUACCCAGGUCACCAAGGGUGCAGAACAGCUUAAGACACCCCUUUUAAAGCAGGAUGGUAAGCCCCUCAGCCAUCUGCCUGCCACCGUGCCGCACCGUCUCGUGGCUGUGGCCUGCUUUCGGCCCAGAAUGCUCAUUGCCUUACCCUCAUUCCUGUGACCGUGGGAACUGAUGGUCCUGCCAUCAGGCUGAGCAGCAAGGUGGAUUCAUCUUAGGUAUUAGCUGGAUUAAUAGACCAUGUUCUCAGAAAGUGAAAGAUGAGGGCAGUGGGCCCUGCGUGGGUGCUGGUGGCAGUGGAGCCUGGGCUCUUUGCCUGGGAAGAGUAGAUGAUCCUCAGACAUGGUGUGGACACCAUUGGGUGCUUGGUGAAUGGAGUAGAUCAGAAUGGACAGGGACCUGGACACAGACCCUGCGUUCCCUUUGUCAGAGGCCAUCUUGGCUUCAGUUGAGACACCAAGGCUGCCUUGCUAAGAAGAAAUAUGUUCUCAUCAAGAGAAGCUUUUUCCUAAGCAGUGUGUGCACAAAAACCUACCUGUGCAAUGAGGGUUGGCAUGCAAGCUUGUCAGUGCAGGUGUGGCCAGCAUGCCUAGGGAUGCUGAUGGGGAUUCCUGUCUUCACAUCUUCACACUCUUCUCUGUACCGAAGUUUUCAAGAUGUAGCUUCAGGUGACACCAUUCUGCCUGGCUGGUAUGGCCUGUGGCCAGCUUGCCAUGAUGUUCCUGCUGAAGAACCUGGGGCCUCCCUUCAAGGUCCUGCUUGAGAGAGGAGCUCACAGGCCAGCCUCCUGCCUGUGACAGCAGGACUUAAGCCCAGGGGCACAGGGCGGUUGUAUCAGGCAAGAGCCAGCCCAGGAGAGGACACUUAGGCAGACCGAGCAGGAGAGGAGCCAAGCAGGCGUCAACUGGGACUGUCUGGGAAUCCUGCAAGAAAGUGACACGAGAGGGCUUGGUACUCAGCAGCCAGCAGCUACUGGCCAUGGUGCGUGCUGAGCACCUUGUGGACACCACGUGGAAGCAGGAGGCCACGGGCAGGACUUGUCCGCCCCAUUUCACUCCAAACCAUCCACUCUCCAUGUGGACACACCUGGAGGCAGAUCCCAAGACAGCAGCUUUGUGAUUGACAGGAGGGCUUUUUCUGUUUCGUCUACUUUCUAAUCUGAGAGUGAGCAUGAGUUAUGUGGCAAUAAAUUUCUAUGAAAAGAC